AUAAAAAAAAAAAUAAAUUGAUGAUACAGUGAAACCGAACCGAAGUUCAAAUUCAAAUUUUUCGAAUCAAUUUACUGUUUGUGAUAUUUUUUGCUUUUGCUGAAGUUAUCACAUUCUUUAUCUCGAUUAAUAUUUAAUAAAUAAUUUAACUUAAUAUAAUUUUUAAGUUGAGCAAAAUGAAUCUCAGAUUGCAGCAUAUACCGUCACAAAUUCUUGUGGCGGCCAUUCUGAUCGCUGUGAUAGCUGCAAAUGAUUAUAGAGAAGAUUUGCGAGCAGACUUCCCUGGACAGUAUUGUGAGCGACAAAAUAGUUGUUGCAAUAACAGACAAGAUAAUUGCUCAGUUCCAAUUGCAAAUACACUUUGUUACUGUGAUCAAUUUUGUAAUUGGAAUCCCGGUGAUUGCUGUCCCGAUUACAGACCAUUUUGUCUAAACGAACCAGUUGCUCAUCCAAUAAUACAAUGCAUUCAUAACAAACGUAGCAUGAAACCAUUGACAACGGUCAAGGAUAACUGCAACGUAUGCAAAUGUCAAUUAGAUGGACGUGUUGUUUGUGAACAGGAUCUCUGUCUGACAGAUGAUGAUCUCAUUUAUAAUGUUAAUUCAAUCUCAGAUCUUGGUUGGUCAGCGAGAAAAUAUGAUGAAUUUUGGGGAAGGAAAUACAAGGAAGGAUUGACAUUGCGUUUAGGUACAAUGGAACCAACAUUUAGAGUAAAGGCUAUGUCUAGAUUAUCAAGUCCACAUGUGAAUUUGCCAAGAUCUUUCAAUUCGGUUGAUAAGUGGUCGAGUUAUAUUUCUGAUGUACCAGAUCAAGGAUGGUGCGGUUCAUCUUGGGUUAUUUCGACAACUUCUGUUGCAUCUGAUCGUUAUGCUAUUCAAUCUCAGGGCAAGGAAGUCGUUAAUCUAUCGCCACAAAAUAUUCUAUCUUGUACCAGACGGCAACGCGGUUGUGAUGGAGGUCAUUUGGAUGCUGCCUGGAGAUACUUGCACAAACAAGGUGUUGUUGAAGAAAGCUGCUACCCAUACACUGCCGAAAGAACUGCCUGCAAAAUUCGUCACAACAAAUCUCUUCGUGCUGCCGGUUGUCGUCCAUCAUUCUACUCAGAACGUGAUGAAUUCUACACAGUUGCUCCAGCUUAUUCGAUAAACAAUGAAACCGAUAUAAUGGUUGAAAUUAUGAAUUCCGGUCCAGUUCAGGCCACAAUGUUUGUCUACAGAGAUUUCUUCUCAUAUUCGGGUGGUGUCUAUCGAAAAUCAGCAGCCACUCGAGGUGGUGAACGUGGAUUCCAUUCAGUGAAACUUGUUGGUUGGGGUGAAGAACGAUAUGGAGACAAAUAUUGGAUUGCUGCCAAUUCUUGGGGUCCAUGGUGGGGUGAGCAUGGAUACUUCCGUAUCCUUCGUGGUAGUAAUGAAUGUGGUAUUGAGGAAUAUGUUUUAGCUUCAUGGCCAAAUGUAUUCAAUCAUUAUAAAGUGAAAAAAAAUCUACCCUAAGUUAAUAUAAAAUAUCUGCCUUUAAAAAAAAAAAACUCCCACAAGUGACACACACCUAUAUCCGUAGGUUUCUUAUUUAAGUUAUUAUAUAAAUAAUAUAAAACGAAAAAUCUACUUAAGUGAUUUUUAUUAUAAGGACGAGUAUUACCUAAGUAAUAAUUUAUAAGUCAACUUUUGAAAAAAAAAAAAAAACAAAAAUUCAACACAAAAAGAAUCGAAUUGUAACCCUAUACCCAACUCAUUUAGUUGUUUAUUUAAAAACAAAAAAAAAACUAAGAGUAUAAAAGCACUUAUAGAUAAAAGUUAAAAAAUGUAUUAAUAUUGUUUUCUUUUUCUUUGUUCAAUAAUGUAGGUAAUUAAUUUUUAACAUGUAUU